AUGUCCGGCGCACUGAACGUACCAGCCAAGAGACCUAGGUCGUGUGGCAGCGGAGGACCUUUAUACGACUCACUUCUCCCCGACAUAGGGACGACGGCUGCUCCUUUAGCAGAUAUCGUCACGUUGUUUAACUCCAAAAUCAGCCAAUUGACGCAUGACGAAGAGCACAAGGAGUAUCUAGCUUGUCCCUACUGGAAACAUAGCCCUGCCCGAUAUAUUCUUGUUAAGAGCUCGUGUACGGACGGGUUCGGCUUUAAGAAUAUCGGAAAAUUGAUGGAGCAUAUUAAGAGAGUGCACUGCCUAUGGAAUGGCUGCGAAAGGUGCCGAAAGAGGUUCAAUCAAGCCAAGAAGGAGGAAGUAGAUGCAGUAAAACGGACGCAUAUGAUCUACUGCACUCAGUCGCCCAAAGAACUAACGGAAUUAGACGCUGAGUGGAUGAAUAAGGAUCAAGAUGAAGCAUACGGACAGCUCAACUUCCAAAAGAAUAAAGCAAAUCCCAUCCAAUGUUACGAGAAUAUAUGCCGUGCGUUAUGGGGAGAGGAGAAAAUGGAGAUCAAUGAGCCGUACCAUCACCCUGGGUUUCAAAUGUCGGUUCUUCGUUGGGAGUUCAUAAAGGACCUGCCGUCACUAUGCGGGCAGAAGAGCAUCGAGGCGCCGCGUCCUGAUGCAAAGCAAGAAGUCGCAGCAGCUGUACUCCCACCCAGUACUCAGCACAUCGAUCCGGCAUUCCUGUCAACACAGACUUUAGACGAUGUGCCAAGUGCCCCUCCCCCUUUCUACAGAGCGCAGCGUAGAAAUUCGGAUAUAUACUCGUGGGACCCUAGUGAAGCAACAAUUGCUGAACCAAUAUUCCCAAACUUUCUUUACGAUGAUAAGCCGGGGGGCCACAAUCCAGAACAGCCGCAUAAUGAUUUGCACUACUGUACGGUUGGUUCUUGGGCUGGCGCAGCAGAGCCUCACGAGGGUCUGUUUGGUCAAUUCGACCAGGAUGCCGAUGGUGAAGACACUUUUUGA